AUGAGAAACGAGAUAGCGGACGGUUCUGUAUUGGACAGUGAUGUGAUCUUAGGAUAUUCAAGCAACCACGGAGAAUUAGUAAAUGUUAGCAUCGAAGGAGAUGGUAAGAGUGGCCCUCCAUGGAAUGUUCUCCUUACUGGAGAACAUCCUGGACACGUAGUGGUAGCUUUCAACCUCAAUAAAAAUAUUACUGAUGUGAGUAAGGCGUUUGUCAGAGUUACUGUGAUGAGGUCCUCAGAUCUUGAAAUCACCAGCGUGGUAGUCGGCUGGCUCUAUUUCAUUGCUUGGUCCAUUUCAUUUUAUCCUCAAGUUUAUGAAAAUUGGAAAAGAAAAAGUGUCGUUGGGUUGAAUUUCGAUUUUCUAUCUCUCAAUUUAAUCGGUUUUUCAUUGUAUUCCAUUUUCAAUUGUGGUCUUUACUGGAUACCUGCUAUUCAAGCUUAUAUGAACUAUAAAAGGAAAAGUACUAUUGGUUGGAGUAUUGGAAAUGUGGUAUUAGAUUUUACUGGAGGUAUCCUCAGCAUGUUACAAAUGAUUAUUAAUGCUGAUAAUUAUGAUGAUUGGGAAUCUAUAUUUGGUGAUCCCACAAAGUUUGGUCUUGGUUUCUUCUCAGUUCUAUUUGAUAUUCUCUUUCUUGUUCAGCAUUACAUCCUCUACAGGUGA